AUGCUAGCCUCAGUGGACAGUGGAGCAGAGAGAAAGGUCAGGGUUGAGCCGGUUCACCACAGCGCAAGAACUCAAAAGGCCAAAAAGACUGAACAUUCCAGCUCAGCCACGCGUCAACACAAAGUGAACAGGGCAUCUAAGCCGCCACAGCCACCCAAGAGAAAGGUGAAAGUGAAGAAUAAAGAAAUGCCUAGGGAUGAUCAGAGCAUGUCAAGUGAGCUGCAGACAGCUCCAGAACCAGAGGCUGCGGUGGUAAGUAGUAGCACUGUGGUGAAUGUGGAUACGGUGAGAGAUAAGCCACAACAAGAGGAGGAGAAUGGAGAGCUACCAGCAGGGCUACUGGAGAGUGGUUGCCACGAGGAAAGUGUAAAACCCAGACAUAUGGGUGUCUGUGAGUUUCUUCUCAUUGUUUUGGUUGUCUCAACAAUCAUUCUAUUUUUUCCUCUGCUCGUCUGGUUCUGCUUAAAGAUAAUAAGGGAGCAUGAGAGAGCGAUGGUCUUUAGACUUGGGCACCUUCUUCAAAGAAAACCCAGAGGACCAGGCCUUAUUUUCAUUCUUCCAUUUUUGGACAUUUGCCAUAAGAUUGACAUUCGCCUAAAAAUGCUCAAAGGGCCAAUUCACACGGUAGUGACCAAAGAUUUGGUCAGUGCAGAACUUAGUGCAUCGUGCUACUAUCGGAUUGAGAAUGUAUCCCUGUGCUACGCUUCCAUAGCUGUUGUGCCAUCUGUUCUGGAAAGCUUAAUGCAGGUCUCUAGCAAGCAAAUACUUGCUCAUCACACGUUCAAAGAAAUACUGAUCGACCGGGAAAAUAUUGCACAGAAAAUUAAGGUUUCUCUUGAUUCUGCUGUGUGCGUCUGGGGGAUCAAAGUAGAAAGAGUUGAUAUUGAGGACCUGUAUCUUCCUACGGAACUGAAAGAAGAUUUUGCAAUUGAAACUGAAGCCAGAAGGAAGGCCCAACUCAAGGUGAUUGCAGCAGAGGGGGAGAGGGCGGCUUGCGAGGCCUUGAGGGCCUCCACCGAGGCGUUUGCCGGCUCCCCUGCCACCCUCCAACUGCGCUUGCUCCAGCUCCUACAGGGCCUCCAGCAGGCGGAGCGCCCCUCCCUGGUGCUCAACAUGUCCUCCAGCCUGCUGCAGCUGACCUCCGAGCUGCCCAGCAUGCCCCAGGCCCCACCCGCCACCACCACCACCACCACCACCACCACCACCCCUCGCAUGGAGGAGGGCCAUUUGGAUGGAGACCAUGUUGUUCCUAAAGACUCUCCCAUGAUGUGAGGGUUUUGGACUGUGUUGCUGUAUCUAAAGACUGUCCUAAGACGUGUGGGUUGACUUGUGCACAGAUGAUAUUUGCCAUGUCCGGUGCAGAGAACUUAAAGAGGCCCUUGCUCUUGCAGAUGGGCUCUUAUGAAGAACAUUUUGAACCCUUCCUGAUGACAAAAGCCGAUACUAUCGAGCUACAGUUUGGGAACAUCAUCUUUUACAUCAUCUUUAAUGUGUGUAAUAUUUGGGUGUAGACAGAUUCAUUGUUGAAAAUUGUUUUGUUUUUCCUCUGAUGUUACCUUUCAGUUACACGUAUACAUAUACUGUAUAGUGCAAUACACCCUCAUUAAUGUUAGUAAAAUGAAUUAAAUGUAUUAAUGAAUGAGA